CGUUUAUGGCUUGGACCGUUACUACUAGUAUGCAUUACUGAUGCCGAAAAUGCUUAAAUUGUGUUAAAAUCAAAAAAAUGUUUGAACAAACCACACACCUUCUACAAAAUGAUUCGUGAUGGAAUCAGUGCUGAUGGAUUAUUUACCUUGAAAGCGGAUGAUUGGAAAGUGCAUCGACGAUUUGUAAGUCCGACGAUAAAUCAGCCAAGUGUAAGCAUGCAUCUUUCUGUUUUCAAUGAAAAUAUACGAAAAAUUGUGUUGAGUUUAUCGGAAAAUUCGGAAUACUUUGACAUUUUGCCGUCAAUAACGACGUGCAAAUUGACAAUGUUCGUUGAAGCAGCGUUGGGCUCGGAAUGGGAAAUCGAAGUUAAACAACGAUAUCUACGACAAUUUAUUGCAAUUGUUUCGAAACGUUCUUUGCAGCUACUAUUUCAUAUCGAUGCUAUUUGGAAUUUAACCAAAGCAGCGAUACAAUUAAAAGAAUACAAUCAAUAUGGACGUGAAAUUUUUCGAAAAACGUUGGAAGAUAAAUUGAAAAAUGGUUAUGAUGCAGAAACAUUUCUUGGAAGACUUUUGGAGGUAUCAAAUGACAAUCCACAAUUUUCAACAGAAGAUGUAUUCGCCGAAACGGCUACCAUUAUCACUGGCGCAACAGAUACUUCUUCAGCAGCAUCUGCGUUUGUGGCAUUAAUGUUGGCCAUGCACCCAGAUCAACAAGAAAAAGUGUUCAAAGAAAUUGUGACUAUAAUGCCCGAUAAAAAUGCUAACCUUACCCAAGCCGAUCUGGUUAAACUUGAAUUUACUGAAUUAUGUAUUAAAGAAACGUUACGGCUAUUUCCAACAGCUCAAUUGAUUGGCCGUGUUGCAUGCGAAACGAUUAAGCUAAGUAACAAUAUUGAAGUUCCACUAAAUGUGACGCUGGUUUUUUGCUUACGUCAAAUUCAUAUUCAAGAAAAAUACUACGGGCCAACAGCUCAUAAAUUUGAUCCAUAUCGUUUUUUGGACAAAAACUUUAAAAAUCUUCCCGAUGCAGCUUAUAUGCCAUUUAGCUAUGGGCCACGCAAUUGCAUUGGUUAUCAUUACGCAAAAGUGUCUGUGAAAUGUUUUAUUGCUCACUUGAUUCGAAAUUAUCGGGUUUCAACAACUUAUACGGACCUUGAUCAGCUUCAACUUGUUCAAAACGCUAGUUUGCGAUUGGUUCAUAAACAUAUGAUUAAAGUUGAACCGAGAACUCUUUGAUAGACGAAAAAAUCAUGAACACAUUUAAUUGGGGCGAAAUUAAUGGUUAUAAGGUUUGCAAAAUUAAUUAAAAUUCAACAAAUAAAAAUAACAAUUUUAACUUGCAUACGUCUUUCAAAUACAACUUUGUACAAACCUGAUUUGAAAAUAAAAACUUAAUGAAAGAUAUGAGCACCAUUUGAGAGGAAUCAGUGGAGUGUGCACUAUGCAUA